UGCGCUGGUGGAAUUUUAAAUCCAGCGGGAUCUGCUCAGUGGUGAUUGUUUACUGGAACUGCUACACUGAGUUGUUCUUUAGAACGCUUAAUUGUUGCAUUGUAACGUGCGCAGAGCGUUUAAUCGAUACAUUAUCGCACUUUGCAACGUUAACUUCAGCGGAAUGACGAUAGCGUGUGUGUAGAACGUUGAGUGGUUACAUUGUAGCUCUCGCAGAAUGAGCGUCUCGGAACGUUUCACUGUUUUACUGUAACAGUGCAGAAGUGAGCAGAGCAGAUCCGGUGUAAAUAUUCAACAAAUGAUAGAGGAGGAGUCGGUGCACGACAUUAAAAGGGAUGUGAACCGAGAGCAAAGAGCUUCGGACUCGGCUUAAAGCGCGCGCUCACUGUGUUCUCCUCAGUUUGCUGGAAGUCCUGCUGCUUUAUUAUGAAGAGUGAUCUCUCGUAACAGGAUUUGGGCAUUAUCGAUCGGAUUAUGAGUGAUCAUCUAUGCAAAAUCACGCGAGAUUGACUUAGUUUCAGAUUUUAAGGGGAUUUAUUUCUGUUCUUCUCUUCCACCCGUUCGGAGGCAUAUAGGAUGCACCCAGAAAGCAAUGAGAACACUGCUAGAGCAGCCAGCGGGACACCCGAUUCGGAAGAAUUGACCACUGAACCGCAGGCUGGACAUACUGAACAUCUUGCAGUGGAGCAUAAAGAGACGCAGGAGUAUGAGGAACCGGAGGGUAAGCUCGCCCCGGAGGACAGCACGAUGCAGCUGAUACAAACCGGCUGCCCCGACAAGCGUCCGGCGACGCCGCCCGGCGCACACCCGGGACCGGGGUUUGUUCCACCGGAGGGGGGCUUCGGCUGGGUCGUGGUGUUCGCUGCAACGUGGUGCAACGGCUCGAUUUUCGGCAUCCAGAACUCAUUCGGGAUUCUGCACAUGAUGCUGGUGAAAGACCAUCAGGAACUGACGGACCAGGCGUCUCAGUUUAAAGUGGCAUGGGUUGGUGCUUUGGCGAUGGGGAUGAUAUUCUUCUGCUCUCCGGUGGUCAGUAUGUUCACCGAUCACUUCGGAUGCCGGAAGACGGCCGUCUGUGGAGCGUUUGUGGCCAGCCUCGGUCUUCUCACCAGUUCCUUUGCAACGACUCUGGGUCUUCGAUACUUCACAUACGGGAUAUUGUUCGGCUGUGGAUCCUCGUUUGCAUUCCAGCCAUCUCUGGUGAUACUGGGGCAUUAUUUCCGACAGAGACUGGGUUUGGCCAAUGGUGUGGUGACGGCAGGCAGCAGCCUCUUUUCUAUGGGGCUCCCCGUGCUGCUCAAGAAAGUGGUGGGACCGCUGGGCCUCUCCAGAACCUUCCAGAUCCUCAGCAUCUUCAUGCUGGUCCAGUCACUGCUGGCCCUCACCUUCAAACCGCUCAUGCCCAGUGGGAUGUGCCCGAUGCCAGGCAUGGGACUGGACGGAGGCCCCCCGUCUGGCCUGGAGUCGGCGAGCAGGUGGCAGAAGGGCCUGGCCAAAAUCAGGAAGUACUUUAACGUGCGAGUGUUUGGUGUGCUGACCUAUCGGGUUUGGGCAUUCGGUGUCGCCACAGCAGUGCUGGGAUACUUUGUUCCCUAUGUGCAUCUGAUGAACUUUGUGAAGGAGCAGUUUGGAGACACUCAGAGGGAAUGGGUGCUGCUCGUGUGUAUCGGAGCGUCGUCUGGAGUCGGUCGACUGCUGUUUGGGAAGAUCGGAGAUCUCAUACCUGGAGUAAAGAAAAUCUACAUGCAGGUGGCAUCGUUCAUAUUACUGGGUCUGAUGUCAAUGAUGAUACCUAACUGCGCCAAGUUCGAAGGUCUGGUGGUGGUUUUCAUACUGAUGGGUCUUUGUGAUGGCUGUUUCAUCACUAUCAUGGCCCCCAUCGCGUUCGAUUUAGUAGGGCCCAUGCAGGCGUCUCAAGCUAUUGGCUACCUCCUCGGCCUCAUGGCUAUACCAAUGACAGCGGGACCCCCGAUCGCAGGACUUCUUCACGACUAUUUUGGAAACUAUCAUGUGGCGUUUUAUCUGGCUGGUGUUCCUCCAAUAGUGGGGGGUAUUGUGAUGUUUUUUGUACCUCUGGUGCACCAGCGCAUACAGCGACGACUAAAGGAGGCCAACGAUCCCAGCAUGGACAAGAUGUUGAAGAACUGCUCUAAUGGAGACAUGCUGCCCGGAUACACAGACAUGGAGACACACAUAUGAAGCCCACAGCCUCACAAAGGGAUUUAUCUCACCAGCGCUGCUUGUGAGUGUGUGUCAGGAUGGUGUGUGAUGUAUUUCCUCUUUGCUUGGCUCUAAUCAAACUCGAGGUCUCAAGGCUUUCCCCCCUGCUUGUUUGCUGUUCUGGAGAGGAGACGUGAUCAUCCAUCAAGAUCCCAAACCCUCCUCCUGUGGCCUGCGCUGCCAUUUCCACCGGCUCACGAGUGAUUGAACAACUUCUGCAUGCGGAUUUGGGAGAAUUUCCGUUUCUCACAAGAAUCUGAUCGGACGGCUCAGGUAGCGCAGGAGCCGUCAGUUAAAUUAGGACAGCAAACGUUUUAGCACCUUUAUAAAGGAAACAUUAAUUUGAUGUGAGAGAGUAGCAUUUCCAGCACAGAGAAAAGUGCUGUUUUCAUUGAGCUUAAUAGUUUAUUGUCUAGAUUAUGCAAAUCAGAUCUGUAAUCUUAGGUGUUUUAAUAAUACGAUUAAAAAAAAAAAAGUCCUCCGGAGAUUUCGGAAACUUUUAAGAGACAAAUCCUUCUUCUUGCACUUUCUGCUGCUGACUUUGAUAACCUCGGCCAUGAUUUUCUUAUCAUAAUGUACCGCAGCCGUGCAUCGAUUACGAAUUAUGUAGAAAUGAAAACUAAACGAGGAAUCAUUUUUAUGAAUUUUUUUUAAAAAGCUAAUCCUUUGUCCUUAAUAAGAUCCGCUAAAUUUAGUUCAGUAAUCUUCAGCUAUGCAUUAAGGAGUUCACAAACCGUGCCAUGACCAUUGAGACAGAUGAAAACAAAGGAUCAAUAUUCAUAAAGGGGGUGAAUCUCGUGAAAAAUAUAAUGAAAAAUAUGAAUAUGAACAUUUCCAUCAAAUUUAUAUAAUGCGAAAAUACAGUAAAGUAAUCAUAUCCAGUCAUAUUAAUUAGUGUAAAUACCAUAAUGUAAAAACAUUUCAUUUUGGUACUUUUUGCAAAUAAUUAUUUAUGAAAUUCACUUGCAGUUUCUGAGUGAAAAUAGUUUUAAAGUAAAUCCUACAUCUUUUAAUUCAGUCCACCAUUUAUGCAAAAUAUAAUUUCUUAUUUUUGGGGUAAAAUAUGACCUAGAUAUUUCUAAACAAUUUUCCUGAGAUUCACUCGAGGACAAAAUCACUACAUCAUCGAAUUGUUAAAAUCUAUAUAUGUCUUUUUUUUCCACAUUUGACUCCGAUUAUUGUAUUUUUUUAAAGAAAUUAUAUUUUGAUUAUAUGUGUUGUGUCGCGUUUGCUAUAUGAUAAACAAACCUGGCAUUUGAAAUUGAGUUGAAUGGACUUACGAAGACAAUCAAAGCGCGAUCUGAUCUGAACUGAAUGACGACACAAAAAAAAAAUUCAGAGUUUUUGCUGAAAGCAAACCAACAAAGUAUUACACAAAGUGGGCCAUGUUUAUGAGUAUCAAUGAAUCAAUUACUGUGUGACCUUUGAAGUUGUGCUUAUUCUUUUUGAUAAUUUUGUGUUUUUGUAUCGGACGAUUAUAUCAACAUGUCUCACAUGUUUAGCGAGAGCAGCUUUUCCUGAGUCUCUUCCAAAAACUAGUGAGCUGAAACAACUCAUUCAAGUAAAAUAUUGAUGAUACAUUUACUCUUAUAACCUACAUUUAUGUGUGCAUGCUUAUCAGAGUGACUUAGCAACAUGCUGACAUCUAACUAUUGAAUUCAAUUACUGCAAAUAUUUGCCUGUGUAAAGUGUUAGUGAGCUUAGGAUGCUAAUUCAUGCUGUAGACAUCAAGGCAGUGCACUAGUAUUUGGAACAGAGCUGUACUCAUUCUCUCUGCACUUUCAUCUGUCUAUUUGUCAACUAUUUCCCAGAAGCCCUUUGGCCACCAGUUUCUGUCGUGCUGUUAGGGAGACAUGUCCGAAUGCGCCAAUUAACGUUGUUUCUGGUACAUUUUCCUCAGAACUCAUCAGAUGGCCUGUUUAAAAACAAAAGAUGGUCACGAUCUUAACCAAACUGCCUCAACCGACCCCGUCCUGCAGGGUUAACCAGGAGACGGCGCUUUUACACUAAAGCAACUAGACCACAAGACACCUCUUCGGGUUUAGGGACUGAGUGAUGAUGUUAUGUAGCGAUUAAAGAUGCUUGGGGGCAGUCGUGGUCUAAUGGAUAGAGAGUUGGGCUUGUAACCCAAAGGUUGUGGGUUCGAGUCUCAUGUCCGGCAUACCUCAGACGCCUGUUUUAUGGUUUCAAACUGAUAAAUAUAAGACCCUUGUGCACUUAGUCGUAUUGAUUUGCCUCCUACAGUGGUUUGUGCAGACCACAGCUGUGUGAAUCUUUGCGCCUCGAAGCCACGGUUCCUGUCGUUUAUGUCUCUCUACCUGAUCUGCAUUUGAUUAUUGGUGCUUAUCACAUACAGCAGGCCCUGCAAAUGAAUCCUCAUCCUAAUGAUCAUCCUUCCUUAGAGUUUUGGUCAUUGCCGUUUCUGACGGCAGAGAGUGAUGUGUUUUAUAUGCGUGAGGAAAAAAGAAUGAGAGAGACAGACACAUGCAGACUUUAGAAACUCAGGGAGUGCAGAAGUUGAAAAUGUUUCAUCACCCGUCUGCAUAUUAUUGCACGCUGGAUUCAUAAAACUGUUAUAAAAACACAUUUUAUUGAUAAAGGCAUUGGAGUCUCAAUAGGUUAAUUGGGUCUCAAUCUCAAGAGAAAACACACACACACACACACACACACACACACACACACACACACAUAUAUAUAUAUAUAUAUAUAUAAUACGCAUUUUGAUAUGGUAAAGAAAAUUAAAAUUAAAAAAACUACAGCUAAUAUGUACAUCUAAUAUGACUUUUCACAUUACAUUAAGGAGAUUUUUUGGCAUUACAGUGAUAAUAAUAGUGCAGGUAAAUGCUUAAUUUAUGAAAAUGUCAUAAUGCAAAAUUAAUUGAGUAAAAUUCACACUUGUUACAGAUGUUGUUGUCAUAGAUUCAGACUCCUGCUGUCUGACUCGCGCUGCUUGUGUCUUCCUUUAAUCGUUUUGUCCAGUUUCUGCCAAAUUCGUAAGUAGGGACUGUGGUUUGUCUGUCUGUCUCUCUCUAGUCUUUUAUUCUGGUUUUGCUUUUAAUUAUUAAGAGUCAGUGCAAAAUUCACCCUCUUUUCUUUUUGAAUAUGUAAGAUGACUUGGCAUUUUACACUUUUGGCUUGAGUGAUACCAUUUAUAUUUUUUAACCUUGCCCAACCAACACACAUGAUUCAAUCAAUUACUGCUCAACACUUUUUUACUUCAGAAAUAUUUUUCCUAUCCUGAUUCUCUCACUGAUCUCACUCUCAGCUAUUUCACAAUGGUUGUUUUCCUACUAAAAUAACGAAUGAACACUUUCUUACCUCAGGUCACUGCCUUUUUGUCCCGUCCGCUUGCUGCAUUUUUAUUUCAAAACACAGUUCAAUUUAAAGGUCAGAUAACAGAUUGAUUUAUCUGUUUGUGUUCCUGCAUAUUGCCGAAGGAAUUUAAUCUAGGGGACGCAUUAAACAUUAUUUUUCUGUAAAUGUUGAACUGGUGCGUAAACACAGUAAAGGUCUCUCUAGCUUUCGGAUCAAUACUUCAGACCGCUCUCUGCCCUUUCUGAUGUACCUUGUGCCUGCACAUAAAACACUCUAAACUACAUCUCCACCAGGCUUCUCAAUUAUAUUGUUUACAGUUGUCAACACAACAAAAACUGUACUUACAUUUAAGUACACUUUUCAUAUAUAGUAUGUAUGCAUACACACAGAGUUGACCUCUAGGGGUCGGUGGAAGGGUCAAGCACUUUGACCUCUUGUGUCUGGAGAGUGUCCGUCCCACCUGGUGCUUACAUAUACUAUAGUGACACAUGCUGGUAAGCCUGAUAACAGGCGAUAGGGCUUCAAUUAUAUCUCAUAUAUCCCAUAAUUAUAGUCAUAUCUCAAUCUAGACUACCAUAACAGGUCAGUAAAGUCAGUCGUGAAAGCGUCUCUUCUCUUUUUAUCUUAUUCAACUGUUCUCACUUCACACAACUGUAGAACUUGUUUUCUGAACCUCAAUCUUCAUCCUCAUCCUCCUCAUCGUCAUGAAAUAUUAGCAGUUUUAACGAAUUAUUGAAGCUGAGCUGCUAGAAAUGUGUAAUUCUGUGUUUAUGUGAAAAGUAUUUUUUUUUCUCCUGUAAUAAAUGUCAUUUUUUUUGUUUGUUUUCUAUUCAGCCAACAAUAAACAUAUUACACACCA